AUGUCUACACCGAGCACAAGUGAUCCUCUGGCUCCAAUACAGAUAUUGUUCAAGACUGUGAACGUGUUUUCUUUCAACGGUUCUGCCAGAGAUCAAAGUCGUUCUCACUCUCCUUAUGUCACUGGAGCUAGAAGGAACUCUAAUCCUGGCCUGGUGUGGUGUGGAAGUGCAUUUGAGUUCCAGCGAGGAAGAAACAGCAGAAAUUAA